AUGAACGAACCAACCACACUCAUUGAAUUCCUCGAGAGCAACGCUCCCGCCGACUCCAGCCGUGAUGCUGUAGCAGAAUAUCUCCACCGAUUCGAGCGUCUCGCCAACGAGUUCCACCAGAUACUUGAUGACUACGAAAAAGAGUUGCUAGAACCUGCCAUUUGUGAGGCUUGGGUCAAUGACAAGCAACAAGCUAGAUUGCAAAUACAUCUGGGGGCGUGUCAAAUCCUACUUGAAUAUCAGGUGCCGGGGACCUUGGUGGAUGUGUGUAAGACAAUGUGGGAUGAGUGUAAAGAAGGUUUGGAAAAGCAUAAAAAGAAUAUUGAAACGUUGAUCUGGGUGGACCAGGAAGCUCUGCGUGAGGGGGGCGCCUAG